AUGUCGUUCUGUGUUAAGCUCUCCAUCGGCUCACCUGUCCCGUAUCAGGUACCAACGCUUAAUCUUCAUGGACACGUCUAUGAGAUCGAGGUUAGUUUCAAAGAAGGCAUCAAUAAUUAUUUUACAUCGCCGGAACUCGAAUUCGGUGACGUCCAUAUCGGCGGCCGCCGAAAGCUCUUUGGGGCUUUAACAUUCCGCUACUCUUAUGACGCAAAACGCAAUAUUGUUAGAGUCUGCGGUACAGACUUUCCCUCUGCCGAUGGCAUGGCCUUUAUUACUAGGCCAGAGGGUACGGAACAAUAUGCUUAUGAGCACGCCGCAAACGCUGGUUUUGCGGCAGACGAAGUACAUCAUAACCGAGACUGGAAUUACAAUUCUCCCUUAACGCCCGGUGCGGCCAAGAUAUUCAAAGAUAUAGCCCGCAGUGCCAACGAGGCCCUUAUUGCAGCUCUCACAGCAACAAAUACCGUUUCUAUACAGAUUCGCGAGACCCUCCCCGCGGGAUUACCAUUAGAACAUUACUUGAAGCUCUCUACGGUCCACAACCCUGACGGUAAAUUAAUCGGAACCUUUGACCCUGCUCAUAAUUAUGGUGAAGGAGUUCAAAUAAAGAAGCUCGAUUCUUAUUACGGCGGGAAGUGGAAUGUUCCUGUAAAUGGGCCCUUCGCCAAUGUUAUCGGAAGCACUCCAGACCCCACUCAUUCAGCUCCAUCGUGGAUCGCGUUAUGGAUAGCGGCUUAUGGGGGCGUCACUCCGGUCGGUUGUACAUCACUUAACUUUCCAUCUACGGUGAAGUGCGGCCCUGUACUUAUUGGUGGCCAUGUUAUUGAUGGAGAGGUGCCUGCUGCCGUAGCAUCAGGAUCCAAUGAUGUAAUGAUACUUCCAAUAUGCCAUGCUCAUAACAACAAUAAUAAGGUGUAUAUGGAGGCUAUUACUCGCCAAAAUGCAAUCUGGCUCAGCAACUAUAUGAACUAG